UAAUGGCCAAUGGCGUUGUCAGAUGGUUGUGUCAGAGAGUAGGAAGACUGCCGCAGAUGCAGCGAAUGCUUCGUCUAGUGUAGGCAGAGGAGUGUUAGGUCAUGCUUUAGUUCGCGCACGUUCGUGAGAGUUUCUAUCCACAAUGGACGGCUUGAUACCUGUUGCACGACCCGGCGCGGACCGGUUCGAGUCGUUCACGUAUCGACGUCUCUCGUAAUACAGAGAAAAGUGAUUUACAUUCGAGCGAGGAUGCACUGCCGCGAUCAUCAUUGUUGACGUUUCUCAUGGUGUGACAGUACUGGCCACCACCGUUGCCGUGUGUCACGAUUUUCGCGUGCGAAAACACCGGAGAAUAUAUUAGGCCACGACUGUGAAAACAAUGGGGAUCGUGCAGAGCCGUACCGGCGAAAGCGAUGGCGGUGUGCGUGAGGUGUUCAUCGGUGGUAUCAAGGGCGGCACGCCUCUUCAAUCCUGUCAACCUAGCCUCGGCAUGGGAAGUUUGGGUGGACCACACGCACGGAGUGGCAGCGUCCGUGGCGCGCCAAGGCAACCGAUGCCUGACGCUAUGGAACUCGAAAGGCGCUUUACCAAAGUGCUGGCUUCAAUGGAUCUGCCACCGGACAAAGCGAAGCUUUUGAAGCAAUACGACAACGAGAAAAAGUGGGACAUCAUAUGCGAUCAAGAAAGAGUGCAAGCAAAGGAUCCACCAUCGCAUUAUUUAGCAAAGUUACGCACUUAUCUGGAUCCGAAAGCUUCGCGAAGCCAUCGAUCGUAUCGUUUUCUCACGUUCUUCCAGAAGAGGAAAAUGGUUGGAGAGUCAACGUCGACUCAAGUAUUACGGGAUUUGGAAAUCUCGUUACGCACAAAUCACAUAGAAUGGGUAAGGGAGUUCCUAGACGAAGAAAACCAAGGCUUGGACGCCCUCAUAGACUACCUCAGCUUCAGGUUACUCAUGAUGAGACACGAACAACGUCUCUUGGAAUCCCACGCGAGUUCCGAGGAAAAAUUACAAACCGGUAAGAGUUCGCACGCCGCCACAUGGGUCAACAUUUAUUUCUAUUAUGGCGACAUGCUGGAAAAGAUGGAAUCGAUGAACGCAGACCGUGAACGACAUAAUUAUUUUCCAGUGAGUUCUGGGGAUACCUCGCCCUUAAAUAACGGUUGCCUGAGGCCGCCUCUCCACGAGCUCAAGGAUAGUCCUGGCGUUAAAAGGAGAUCACGGCACGUGGCGCGUCUCAAUAUGGGCGAAGCGAAAGAUGACAUUCACGUUUGCAUACUGUGCAUGCGUGCCAUCAUGAAUAAUAAGUAUGGCUUCAAUAUGGUCAUCCAACAUCGUGAAGCAAUCAACUGCAUCGCGCUCAGUUUAAUGCAUAAGAGUUUAAGAACGAAAGCUCUAGUACUAGAACUUCUUGCUGCUAUAUGUCUGGUAAAGGGUGGGCAUGAGAUUAUUUUGUCCGCAUUUGAUAAUUUCAAAGAAGUUUGCUCCGAACGACGACGAUUUACUACACUUAUGGCAUACUUCACUCAAUAUGAUAGUUUUCACAUAGAAUUUAUGGUUGCUUGUAUGCAAUUCGUAAAUAUCGUUGUUCACUCGGUAGAGGACAUGAAUUUCAGGGUUCACCUGCAAUACGAAUUUACUAAGCUUGGUUUAGACGAGUAUCUCGAAAAACUCAGACAUACCGAAAGCGAAGAUUUGCAGGUUCAAAUCUCUGCGUAUCUAGAUAACGUAUUUGAUGUAGCUGCCUUAAUGGAAGACAGUGAAACUAAGACUGCUGCGUUAGAAAAAGUAGCUGAAUUAGAAGAUGAACUUGGUCAUGCGCACGAUAGGAUGGCAGAGUUAGAAAGAGAAUCGCUUGCAAAAUUAGCGGAGUUAGAGACUGAAUUAGGUGCAUUAAAAGUGGAAUACGCUGAUGCUGUGGAAGCUCGUCGAUUGGCCGAAGAAGAACUCACAGCAUUGAAAAGGCAAAAGCAGGAUUCUGCUCGAAGGCAAAGUGUUUUAGAAAACAAAAUUAUCGAAUUGGAAACGCUUACUGGCACUCUCACGAAGGGUUCUUCAGCCAAUCUUCGGAAUGGAAGCGCAACGAGUCCCGUCAGUACAUCGGAUAACGUCACAUCCUCUACGCUUAAUUCGACCCCGUCUCCGACACUGGAAGAACCUCCUCCAUCUGCCCCAGCUCCACCUCCACCACCACCACCUCCAUGUCCACCACCGCCUCCGAUGGCACCUCUUUCUCCUGGAGAUCAAAAAUUACCUCCACCUGCGCCUAUACCUCCACCACCUGCCGGCAUGAUGCAAGCACCGGAUGGAGCAAUGACUAUCAAGCGAAAGGUUCAAACAAAAUACAAACUUCCCACGCUUAACUGGAUCGCUCUGAAGCCUAAUCAAGUACGGGGUACUAUUUUCAAUGAGCUGGACGAUGAUCGAUUGCACAAUUAUAUAGACUUUUCCGAUUUCGAAGAACGAUUUAAAAUCGGAAUGGGAAGUCACGUUGCUAAUGGUACGAACGAAAUAGACGGUCUUCAAAGCUUUCCUAGUAAAAGAUUCAAGAAGCCAGAAAAUGUCUCGCUCUUAGAACAUACCAGAUUACGAAAUAUCGCCAUAUCGCGAAGGAAAAUGGAAAUGCCGGUAGAAAAAGUAAUUAUGGCAGUAAAUGCUCUCGAUUUAAAAAUACUGUCGCUGGAAAAUGUAGAAUUGCUACAACGUAUGGUGCCUACGGAUCAGGAAAUAAAAGCAUAUAGAGAAUACAUCAUAGAAAAGAAAAAUGUUAAUCUGUUAACGGAGGAGGACAAAUUUUUGAUGCAGCUCGGUAAAGUAGAAAGGAUAUCGACGAAACUAUCCAUUAUGAAUUAUAUAGGAAACUUUUUUGAUAAUUUACAUCUUAUUACUCCACAAAUACAUGCUGUGAUAUCUGCUUCGAGUUCGGUUAAGAGUUCAAAGAAACUGAGAGCAGUAUUAGAAAUUAUCCUUGCCUUCGGAAAUUACUUGAACAGCAGUAAACGAGGCCCAGCGUAUGGAUUUAAACUUCAGAGCUUAGACACAUUACUCGAUACGAAGUCAACGGACAAGAGAAUGUGCCUUUUACAUUAUAUUGUAGCAACAAUACGGGUCAAAUUUCCAGAACUGAUUAAUUUUGAAUCGGAACUUAUGUACAUCGAUAAAGCUGCGACCGUCUCGCUAGAAAAUAUAACUACCGACGUUCACGAAUUAGAAAAAGGUAUGGAUCUCGUAAGGAAAGAAUUUGAACUACGCGGUAAAGAAAAACACAACACCGUACUACGAGAUUUCUUAAAUAAUUCCGAAGAAAAAUUGCGUCGUUUAAAAUCCGAUGCACGCGCUGCUGGAGAAGCAUUCCGAGAAUGCGUUGAAUUUUUUGGAGAAAGUCCCAGGCAAGCCGAUGCUAAUACGUUCUUCUCUCUUCUCGUCAGAUUCGCAAGGGCAUUUAAGGCUGCGGAUCAAGAAAAUGAACAGCGUCGUAGAUUAGAAGCUGCUGCUGCAGAAGCUUUAAACGCCUCAGAAGACGUAAUAAAACGUAACAAAUUAAAUCAAAAGAAGCAACAGGACGCUGUGAUAAAUGAACUGAAAAAUAAGACAAGACUAGUUCAGGAGAAGAAAUUGUUGCAGCAGGAUGAAGUGUAUAACGGUGCUCUGGAAGACAUUCUUCUUGGGCUUAGAUCAGAACCAUACCGACGAGCGGAUGCGGUUAGGCGUAGCCAACGUAGACGUAUCGAUAAUCACAGGCUCUCUCGCACUGCCGAAGAACUAGAACUUUAAAUCUGUUCCAUUCAGUGUGUUUCUUAUUUUAGGGAAAACAAUUUGUUUUUGAAGAAAUAAUUUUCACCGUGUUAGUACAUUCAACAACAUUUUCACGUAAAGCUCUUUCAGAAAAGUGUUAAUUUAAUAUUUAUAACCUCCUACCAAAAAUUAAAACAUAAUGUAAUUUGAACGCUCGGCGAAUGUACAUUUACCAGAGCGUCAGAAUUUUGUUCAACAUAUUUCGCUUUCAUAAAACGAAAUAAUUUAAAAAUUUCAUGUGAUAAACUGCUUGUAAACUACUAAGCAUGAAAGAGUUGCACGCUACAUUAUGGAGCCAAAAUUUAUAAAUGAUAAAUGUACAGUAAUGUCUUGUUAAGACGUUUUUGGAUCUGAGAAGACUGGAAUUAAUGAAUACGGAUUCAUCUCUAAUGAUCUAACAUAUACCGAGAAAAGACGUGAGAAAGAGAGAAAACAACUCUUACGAUAAACUAUGAAUCAUCGCAUUCUAAAAAUGAAAUUUCCAGAAUUUUUGCUGUUUCUUCAUAAAAAAGAUUUUAAAGAAUUUGAAGGGAUCUUCCAGACUAAAAUGAGUCUAAACAUUGAUGUAGUCGGGUUGUUUUGAGUUAAAUAAAAUAAUCAAGCUAAUAACACUCGAAGUAAUCAGGAAAAUCUUAUCAGUACUUUGUAGUUUUUUACAUUGAGAAAAAGGAAAUGUUAUAGAAACUUCGUAUUUUGUCAAUCGAGAUGAUGACUCAUCGUUUAAUAGCUUCGAAUGGCAGUACCUUCGUGAUCAUUUCUCGUUUACAGCUCAUUUACUGUAUUUAUCUAGCUCGAAAAAUGAUGGUUGUUUUCUUAGAUAUUGACAGGACAUUGCUGUAGCACGAUAGAGUUGUAGAUAUAAUAAUUUAAAGCAAAUAUUGGAAUUUGAUACUGAACUAUUCGUACAUAAGUCACUUAUACGGUGCUAUAAAUUCAUCGAGAUCCAAAGGAAAAUUGAAUUUAAAAUGUAAAUCGUGACAUAUUCAACACACAGUAACAACAUAAUAAUGUUCUUCUGUUUGUUCAAUACGUAUUCUUUCUAUUGUACAAAUUUAGCGGACGUAACCAUGAAAUACGUUUGCAAAAUAUCAUAGUAUGUAGAAAAUUGAGCAAAGCACAUUUAGGAAAAUUGUACUAUUAUUUUUGCAUUGUUUUUUUAUGAGUACUAUCUUUAAGUAAUUGAACGUAAAAAUUGUUUCCAUUGAAUUAUUGUUGAUUGUUAUAUGCGUUUGAAAUAUUUAUAAUUCCAAUUUAAUUCGUAUCUGUUAAUCGUUUAUUUGAAAGAGUUUCUAAGAAAAUGAGAGAAUAAAAGACGAUGCAGAUUCGACGGUAGUAAUAACGACGACGAAUACAUACGAGAAAUUUAAGUAUACUUUUGCAUAUUUGUAAGAAUUUUUGGCAAGGUACAGUUCCCAAUUAAAUACCGUAACAUUCCAUGGAUAUAAAGAUCCUACAAACCUUAAUGAAAUUUCCAAGCGACAGAAAUAACUAUUUUGAGAUAAUUACGAAAGUAAUACAUUUACAAGUAUAACAAAUUCCAAAAAUGCAAGCACUGCAGCAUAUUUUUCUCAAAGUUUGAAGGUCAAUUCUUCGAUACAUGAAUAACAAACACGCACAAUAAUAGUCUAUAUUUAAUGUGAAAUUUUUGAAAGAACUUUUUAUUUUAUUACGCACAAUAUCUAAAAGUAACACAACUUGUUACAUUCCGCCAGAAUUUCAAAAUGCGCUCAAUAUUAUAAAUAGAUACAUAGUAUGGAUCAGUACAAUCGCUUCUAUUAUAACGCAUAAGUAAAUAAAAUAUAAAAUAAAAUAAAACAGAAAUGUCAAUGUAAAAUAUGUCACUUGGAGCAACGUGGGAAGAAUCAAGUUUAUAACAACAACAAUUAAAUCGAAAGAUUAUACGUGGAUUGUAAUAAAAUUAUGCGUUAUAGUUGAAUCGAAUAUAGUAGCGAUUUUUCACAUUGUCUAUUGCCAUGCGAUACAAAACAAAAUAGAUAUAUAAAAGACUAAAUAUAUAAUUCACCCUUCAAUCCAAUUUUAAGAUGUAUUUGCUACAAAAUUUUGGUAAAAUUAUAUUAUAUGAACUUUCUAUGCGCCUCUUGGAUGAUUACAUAUCUCAUGUUUUUUGAAGAAUAUAUAAUUAUAUUUUCACUUUUGUACGUUUUUAAUAUUAUAUAUUAUCGAUCGAAAAAAAAUAUGUAAAUAUUACUGUAAUAUACGACAUAUGCUAAUAGUUAUAAAAAAAUGUAAUUACUAAUUGUAGAUCAAUUGCCAAUGUGAUGUUUAAAUAAGUGUAACAUCUCUGUGUUAUAAAUAUCAAUUACAUAAUAUUAUUUGCUGCGCUGAAAUACAAAGAAAAUUUGAAAUACUUGCAACAACAAAAAUUUAUCUUAUAAAUUUUUAGAAUAAAUGUAAAUAUUGUGCAUUUUAUUAAAUAAGUUAUGCGAAAUAGGCAUGUGCUUUACUUUGUAUAAAAUUUAUUACGAAUAAAUAUACCAAUGUAUUGUAUAAAACAUAUAUAUGUAUAUACAUAUAUAUACAAACAUAGAUAUAUUUUUUUCGUAUUUGUGUGCCAUUUUGUUUAAUACUGCACAACAUAUUUUUAUUUGUAACAAGCAGUAUAUUUUUCUUAAAACGCUGAAAUAAUUUAAACAAAAACGAAAAGAAUAUAAUGAGUUGUGAAAAGUUCAUUAAAUAAAAUAAACGUUCUCUGAA